AUGUCUGGAGAACCAGAACCCCGCCGCUCCGUGCGCGCGACCAAGGGUCAACAUACCAAGGCCUUCGACGACCAACCCAUUGAGCCCCCCAAGAAACGAGGAAGGAAGAAGAAGCAAGAAGAAGAGCCCGAGGAGGAGAUCAUUCGUUGCGUCUGUGGCGCCACGGAACAGGAUGGCGACUCAGAAGAGCCUUGGAUCGCAUGCGACAAGUGCACCGCGUGGCAGCACAAUGUAUGUAUGGGCAUGAGCGUCUUUACGGAAGACCUCCCUAAGAACUACUACUGCGAACAAUGUGCUCCGCAAGACCACAAAGAACUCUUGGCCGCCAUGGCUAAGGGGGAGCGUCCCUGGGAAGCCCGCCGGAAGGCCUACGAGGACGAACAGAACGAGAAGAAGAAGAAAAAGAAGAAGGGGGGCAGGGCUGGGAAGCGCGCCAGCGAUCCGAAGGAAGAGUUGGCUCAAGACACGAGAAGUAAUAAAGCCGAGGACUCGCCUGCUCCCUCUGAGACCAAAGAGAAGAAAGAGAAGAAGGAAGUCCCCUCUAAGGCGAACACCGGCAAGCGGAAGGUCCGAGAGGAGGAAAAGGAUGCAAAGACACCAGCGCCAAAGAUUCGCAAAGUUUCUGAGCCCGAGGUCGCCAUUGUCAACUACACGGCACCGGAGGACUUGACUGCCAAGGUCACGGAUCUCCCGGAUGAUCGCAAAGGCUCCGCCCAACUUCUGCAGAAAGCCCUCAUCGGAAUUCUGAGCGCUGCUGUCAAGGAUAAGAGCAUUACCUUGCCGAAGGAUGUCACGGUUGCGGCGAAGGCUGAACGCCUUGCCUUGGAGAUUGAACGUGCCGUUCAUGAUAGCCAUCCCGACCGUAGCCAUUAUGCGGCACAGGCUAGAGCGCUGUACGCUAACAUGAAGAUCAACGCUGACUUGACGAAGCGCUUACUGAAGCGCACUCUGUCGCCGCCUAUGCUGGCCACUAUGAGUGCCGACGAGCUGGCCACCAAGGAGAGACAAGAUGCCAACGCUCAGCUGAAGGCCAUCUCUGAGAAGCAGUCUAUUCUGAUCACUGAAGACGGUCCCCGCGUUCGUAGGACACACAAGGGUGAGGAAAUCGUCGAGAACGAAUCAUUCCAACAGGCCGAUGAGGCACGGUCAUUUAUCAGGAGGCCCAGUGCACGUGAAGGACAGGGUGACAUCAAGAUGGACGGAGAGCCAUACGAGAACUCCGUUGAGCUUCCAAGCCAUGGCGGCCUACAAAUUGAUACCCAUGGAGCUCGACACUCUCCUAAGCACCCUGACUUUGAUAUCAACAAGGUGUUCUCAAGCGUCAAGUCGCCCACCGGAUCUCACCCUCGUCGCCCAUCAGCACCGCUUCAUGGGCCAGGCGUUGACCCUGAUGUUGACAGGCUCCUCCAGGAUGAGACUGACUCGCCGCCAUAUUCACCGACUGACGAGACGGACCCCGAUGCGGUUUGGCGUGGUCAUCUGGCCAUGAGCUCGAUUGCUGAUUUCCCAGCAGUGGCCAAGUUUGUUGGCGGAGCAAAUCUGUCGACCACGAUAAACUUGCCCUGGACAAGCUUGAUUCCCAGAAAAUUGACGGUAGCCGGGCGUAUUGACGAGCAAAAGGCUAUAGAAUACCUUUGUGGCCUACGCUAUGCUGACCAGACUGAUAUCGUCGUCGUGGCAAUUUCACCGGCUUCCGAAGCGUCUCGCGGCGAAUUCCAGCAGCUUUUUGACUACUUCGUUGCCAAGAAGCGAUACGCCGUCAUUGGGGAUAAGGGUGUAGGCAAUGUGCGGGACACCUACCUUGUACCUGUUCCUCCGGGCGAAGGCAAUGUGCCUGAGUUCAUGCUCAACUUCUCGGACAAUCUCGUACCGCAGAAGCGAACGGAGCCGAUGCUCCUGGGCGUUUUUGUGUAUCGAAACAGCUCUCGACAACCUCAGCCGGGCGGCGCAACCCAGUCGCCGGUUACCAAUUCGCCAACGCCCACGCAGGGAGGAUUCCCCUCAAGACAUGCCUCGAUAUCUGGCCCUGCAUUCUCGCCGACUGUUUCACAAGGGCCGUUCCCCCAGCCAACUCGCUCUCCGGCAGGCCACAACGGCCACCCGCCACAACAGCAUCCUACCCAGGGCGCGCACCAGGCUGUUCCGCCAAACCAGGCCCCGACAGGCUACACUGCAGCCCGUGGCCCCGAGGCCGAUCAAGAACGACGCCAACGGGAAGGUCAAGCGCUCGCUCACGAGGUUCUGGGCCCUUUGGUCAACAGCCGGACUAUCCCAUUCCUCAUGCCUCACGCACAUCAAAUGACAAGGACAGAAUGGGAAGUGAUUAAGGGCAUUUACGAAAGAGAUCCCCGUGCCAGAGAGGAUCUUCAAUACCUGAGUCAAUUGUUAGAAAAGCAGCAGCCUGUUGCGGGUAAACCUGGCGAGGCUCCUCCACCUGCAGCAUCUCCAGGACUUGCCCCUUCAGUAUAA